AUGGGAAUUAACAAGCGACUAAGGUUCGGAACAUUUUUGGCAGUACUGGCUGUUUUAGCCGGUUUAUAUUACAGAAAUUCUGAGGAUAUAUUACAAAAACGUCUGUCAGCUUUGUUACAUGGCUUAGAAAGGAUAGAAAACAAACAUUCUAUUACAAACAAACCUAAAAUCGCUGUAGGUUAUGGUAUAUGUACAGAUACAUAUGUUGAUGCAAAGCAUUUAUUACAUUAUUCAGAUAAAAUUGGCUUGCCAGAACAUUUUGAUGAAAUCAAUACAGAAGAAGAACUUUUAAAAAGUUUUGCUUAUUAUUUUCGCCAUGGUGCUGCUGCUGAGCGAUACAUGCCAAAUCGGACAUUAUUCGAUCAAUUAGUUAACAAAGCUCGUGCAUUUCCUUCAUCCUAUUCAACAAUUGGAGGAAAUGCAGCAAUAAUGGCACUACGAUUUGCACGAGAAGGCUGUGAUGUGAUAUUAGCUGCGAAAUUAACAAAAUCAUUGCACCAAAUGAUUCCACAAGUUAUUAGUGUUGUUGGUGGUGAAGUAAAACGCGAUGAUGUUCAUUUAGUUUUAGAAUACAAAAGUGGAGAUAUUUGGGGACCUUAUUCUAGUACUAGAGCAAAUAGGUAUAUUAUUCACAAUGAUGAAAAUAAUCCAGUUAUUAGUUCUUUUAAUGCUUUUGAUAAAAUUCUAUCAGCUACAAACCUUGAUUUACUUGUAGUCAGUGGUUUGCAAAUGAUGGAUAAUUAUCCAUUUAGAGAAGGAGAACGUGAAAGAAUUCUUGGGAACAUAAAUAAACAAAUGGUUAAUAGACCAUUACAUACAAAAAUACAUUUUGAAAUGGCCUCAUUUGUUGAUGACAACUUACUUUCUGAACUUUGUAACUUAGUUAUUCCUUUUGCUGAUAGUCUAGGAAUGAACGAGCAAGAAAUAGCUAAUUUAUACAAUUCUAUGUAUUAUGGCAAUAUUUCAUUAGUUGCUAAUUCAACUCCAAGAGUUGCUACAGUUUUAGAUCAAAUGAGAACAUUGUUUAAACUCAUACGUUUAAGAGGAAAAUCUAUUUCUAAUUCACGUUUACUUACUCGUAUGCAUGUACAUACUUUAGCAUACCAAGCAAUAUUUACUGUGAAAGAUACUGUUUGGAAAAACACAAUGGCUGCAGCAGCUAAAGCAUCUUUAACAGCUCACAGACAUGUUUGUGCAACAAGCAAUAUUGAUAUUCGAAAAGCAUCAUUAGUUAUGGAUGAAAGCUUUUCAACGUCUAAUACUCAUGGUAUGAGAAUACCUUUGGAUGUUGAUAAACCAGUUUCUUGUUGGGAAGAGACUUUACUUAUAGAAAAAGAAAACAUUCCUAUUGAAGUAUGUGUGGCUCCCGUGUUAAUUUGUACACAAGCAGCUCAAACUGCCGGCGGUGGCGAUAAUAUUUCAAGUGCAGGUCUUGUUCUUCAAAUUUAAAUUUUAUAAUUCAAUGCAACAAUAUGUAUAUUGAUGUGCAUUGUUUCAUAACUUUUAUAAUUUGAUUUUAUAACAUGGAAUGUUUUUUCCUAUAUCAAAGUAUUUACUACUGUAUUUAAUAUGCUUUACUUUAGAAGCAUUCCAAUGAAAAUCAGCAUUCCAAAUAUAUUGUCAUAAGCAUUGUUCGAUAGAAAUUUCGUAUAAAUAAGCAUACGUACAUCAAGAAUUUUUGUUACGAUAAAUGAAGUAUAUUCAUUGUAAUAAGCGGAAUUUAAAUACUCAUAUAAGAAAAAAGUAAGCAAAAAAGAUUUGUAUAUAAAAUUUUGUUAUGAAAUGAUAAGAUAAAUGCCAUUGCACAUAAUUUUAUUAAGUAGAGUUUGCUUUAAUAUGAAAAAAACCCAAAUAAACUACGCCAUUACUUAGAUAUGCUACAAUGUCAAUGUUAAUGGUUCUUGAAUAAACUAAAUAGUGAAAA